AUGCAUUACUUUCUGUUAUGUUUGCUUCUCUCUGCAGCUUUCAGCAUGGAGACGUGCAAACUGAUGAUCAACAUGCUGGAUAGGGACAUGUCUGGGAUGAUGGGUUUCAACGAGUUCAAGGACCUGUGCCAGGCCCUCAACGGCUGGAAAGGCACCUUUACAUCCUUUGACCGGGACCACAGCGGGACAGUGGAGGGCCAUGAACUGCAGCAGGCCAUCGGCACAAUGGGCUACAAUCUAAGCCCUCAGGCUAUGAACUGUAUCAUGAAGCGCUACAGCAACCAUGGCAGAAUUCCUUUUGAUGAUUUUGUGAGUUGCUGUGUGAGACUCCGUGCCCUGACUGGUGAGUAAAUCAUGGGUUCAUAUGAG